AUGGGGGAUGAGAGUAGCCUGUCUCUGCAGAUCGGGAGCGUGGAGAGGAGCGUGGUGUUCCUCAGGCAGGAGCAGCUCACUUUACUCCACGGCCUCCACCUGGAGAUCCUGUCCCUGCAGAAACGAUGCUCAGAGUUGACAAGUGAUCUAAAGGUGAAGCCUCCAGGCAAAAGCCAAAUAGAGUUACAGGAGGAAGAGGAGGUCCUGGAGGACCGCUGUUGGGAAGUGGAGAGCCACCUGGCCGAGCAGGAGUGCUCCUUAGGAGACCUUCGUCAGGAGCUGACUCUCAAAGGGACUUUGGUCGGAGCCCUCAGGGCCAAUCUCAAGGAAAAGGAGCGCCAUUUCCUGGAGGAGCUCAAACGCCGCAGCCACUGUUCCACCAUCCUUAACACGGAGCUGCAGAAACAAACAGAGGCGGCAGCAUACCUCUCCUUCCAGCUGCAUGCUGCCAGGCAGAAACUGCACCACCAGCGGAUGCAGCAGAGGCAGGGACUCCUCGCCCGAGCCAACAGUCAGGGGGCCCAGUAUGGUGCUGGGCAGAACUCUUUUUCUCCACAGAUGCCAUCAGGAGCCUCCCCUUCCUCUCCCGUGGUUAAACCCAAGCGCAAGAGUGCCAGGGCGUCCUUGAGAGUGGAGCGUGCCCGCGAGUGUGUACCCGUAGAGAAAGUGAUGGGCCCUGCAGAGCCCACAGCGAUGCCGGACCCUGCACUCUUCCUCCACCCUCGAAGGCACAGGGCUCGCUCCAGGCACACUGUGGGGCAAAGACAGGCUCAACUGGGCCUGGAGAAGGAGGAUGAGGAGGAAGAAGAUGGAGAGGGGCCAGUGAAGCCCCAGGCUGAACAGGCCAGACUGGUGUCCUCAGCAGCAGCACCCCCUGCUGCUGAGACAAAGGCAGAUUAGAGACGGCUGUGACCUGCACUUUCAACUGCAGUUUGAUCACUAUCAUUCUCUUCUGUCAAUGCUGUUAACUGGUGUGCACCUUUACUUAAUUGAUACUGAGACUGGUUUUAGCUAUUUCAUACACUUAUCGUGGACACUUUUUUAUUAUGGACUUUGAUAUAACCUUAAAUGAAUUGCAAAAGUGUCACUUUAAGUCAGUCUGAAAUGAAGUUAGAUGAAUUAUCUGUUUACACUGGUGUCACAUGCUCAAUAUGCUGUGGGGCCUUAUUUCAAGGUUUGAUCUAUAAAAAUGAGCCUUUGGUCUGGACUUGCUCUCUAUGAAAAGGGCCAUUAUCAUUUGGCCCUGUAUAAAUUAAAUUGAAAUUGAAAUAUGGUGAAUGGUAGCAGCCAUUUUAGGUGGACUACCAGUCGAGGUGUUGCGUAGCCCAACCAAGUCCUCCACGUUUGCUCAUGUGACUUAUUGAAUUCUGAAUAGUAACAACAACCAAUUAGAAACAAUAACCUCCAAUAAUUGUAUGGUUUGUCUGAAUUGUAAUCUGUGACCGCUGCAUUCCUUUACAGUAAAUACUGGCAAUGAGGUGUCCCUUUAAAAUCAAUUAUGAGGACACAUAAUUCCGGUGUUGCGUCGAUAUCCCCGCUCGUUCCUCUGGAUCCUAACUUCAUGUUGACCACACGCUGACGUAAAGCCGAACCCCGAGGCCUGAGGGCGAUGCUUCAGGAAAUACUAGUUUCAGAGGAAGCUUUUUGACACGAGACCUGCUCACAGUUGAAAAUGUGUGAAACUAUAUUAACUACACUUUUAUUAGGGCUCGAUAAUUUCAUGAAAAUGUAUCAAAAUUGCAAUAUGGCCUACUGCAAUUUUUAAAUCACAGGAAUAUAGGAGCAAUAUUUGUUAAAGUCGAACAUGUUUGUCAAAAUACCAUUUAUAUCAAAUAUUGUGGUGCUGCAGAGAUGUGUUGGCCGACACAUCAUAUUCUACAGACUUACAAAACAUCAAACCACAAUCAUUUUAAUAUGGUUUUCAUUGAAAAUUAGAAUAAUGGUUAAGAAAUGAUCACUCCGUCUAAUAUUUCAAUUAAUUUAGCAAUGUCAGUCAAAGUAAUUGCAAUUAGAUAUUUUUUUUCUAAAUAAUUCAGCCCCAACUCACUCCCCAAGAUUAUUUAAAAUAUUAAUACAUUUUUGAACAUCAUAGCCUGUCUGUUCACUAAAAGAUAAACAUUGAAGCAUGUGCGCUGCGGUUCCUCUGUUGGGGCUGCUUUCUAUAAACGGCUGAUAAUAAGUCACUGAACCCAGUGGUUUUAUGUACUAAACACACACACACACACAAACACGAUUACUACGUCAACCAGCUUGUGUUGGAGGUUGUUGUGUUGGGGACCCUUUUCACGUCAGGAAAAACUGACACACACUAUGUUUGGAGGUUUUUGUGUGUUUUCAACUGAAGUCUGACUGAUAUGUCUGCAUUUUGUUCCUUUUACAUUUUACACGUGUGUGUGUGUGUGUGUGUGUGUGUGUGUGUGUCCUGUUAUCAAAACAUAGUGGCCCCUAGCGUUGCGAGGUGCAAGUAGCAACUUUUUUUGGGGGGGGGGGGGGGGGUCUGACAUUUUUUAUUUCAGACAUACUUUUUAUGUUAUUGCUUCGUUGCUGUACUCAACUGUAAUUACUGCCUUAUGAUAGAGGAGCUGUGGAUGGAAGAAAAUGCAGAUUGUGCACAGAGAAACAGGACAAAGUGUGGAAAGACAAAUACUCAAGUAUUGUGUGCUUUUGUUUCAGAAUCACUUUUCUAAGACUCUUUAGGAUGUGAUUAUACAGGUUUACUGUAUGUGGCACCUCAGUUAUUUUUGAUUCAAAGUUGUCAGAGUUGAUUUCUACUUGAGCCAUGAAUUAACAGAGCAUCAGUGUCUUUGAAACGAGCCUUCCUGUAAGACUGGACUUAAUUGUGAUUAGUCGCUGUGAGGUUUUUCUCGCCCUCUGCAGCUACUGAUUAGAAGUUUAGCAUUAUAUUUUAACAGUAUAUCCUCAAUAAAGCAAUAUAUCAAUAUAUUUAUAUAUAAUAACAGGUAACAUCAGCCGGUUUACGGACUCUUGAGGUGUUUAACUUUGUAUUUUGUAAUUGUUGAGCUCAGUAUGUUUUGCUUAAUAUUUUUCAGAAUUGUCUACUGGAUUGUUUCUGUUGAUUGUCACUGAAUCUGUACAUGAUUAAUUGUUAAGUUACAGUUUAUAGGAGGCAUGUCCAAGUGAGGAACCAAUGCUGCACGUGAAGCAGCAUUUAGGAAACAGGCAUAUUAUUACGUCACAUGAGACUGUCAGAGUAAACCAACUAAACCCUUCUUCUCUUUGGCAUAAAUGCAAAUGUGACUUAAGGUUUUCAUUCACCUCUAAGCUGGUAACCCAUUAGCAUGUCUGUGCACUAUUCUUCCUCAAGUUUUAUGAGACAGCUGGGGAUAAAAGUACAAAGCUGUCUGGUUGAAAAGAUUAAUUCACCAACAGGAAUCCUGAAAGACUGUUAGACUUCAUCACUCCACAUGCUUUCCAUUUGACAGGAAGAUUAAACUCUUCACCCACCUCUAAUCACACAAGUUAACAUCCGACACACCACAGCUCACAUUCUAUCUAUACUUUGUUAUUAUGUAACUAAAUACUUGCUGUAAAGAGCUACAGAGUCUGUUGACUUGUUUAUCUGCUUUCAGAGAAAAUGCUAAUGCCCCAAAGAGGCCCACCACUAAAUGAACAUGAAGACAAAUGGUGUAAUGCCUUAAAGAUGUCUCUUCAUGAAUAUUUCAGUGAAAAGGAGUAAGUCUUUAACACUUGGUUAGCUUUUUCCACUCAAAUCAUACCACAGUUCAUUUCACAACAUACCAAGGCAGUAGAUCAUUUACUCACUCCCACAGAGAAUGUCUUCCAUCUUUCUAGACGCCUUUAUAAUAACCCUAAUCCUCAUAUUAAUAAUGAAAACAGAUGUCGUCCAGGUGUUGAGGUUUAUUCUGCAUCUUAGAGAAACAUGUCAGUGGACAAUGUAUGUAUAUAUGAAUGAAGCUUUUAUUUUGACAUGUUAUGUGGUCUCUAGCAAUAACCAACAUGGAGAUGUUGGUCUGGGUUGUUGCAUCGUUGUUGACGGAUUACCGCAUAUACUGUGUUAGCUUCCAAUAGUGAUCUACUGUACACAUCAUUUGAAUAAAAUUAAGGAUUGUAG